AUGAAUAUCAGCUCAACAGUAUCUUGGGUUAACACGUGGGAAAGUAAGACUUUGUGCAAUGUCGGGCCAGAUGUCCUGUGUCUACGACAAGGAAAUGUCGUCAAGUUCAUUAAUCUGCAAACGAAUGCGACAAGUUAUUUCAAGGCUGAGACUGUGGCAACCGGUGUCUAUAUAUCCGCAUUUGCCGGUCAUUAUCGUUUUCCACUUUUCGCCUUCGCUGAGAGCGUUCUCCAUCCACAGAUACAUGUCUACAAAUAUCCCGAUUUUACUAAAUUCAACACCCUUUCACCUUCUCUGCUUAACUAUCAUGAUAUAAGCUUCUCCGAAUAUGAUUUGCUUGUUGCCAUUGGCGGUCAUCCAAACUAUCCGAUAUGUGUCUUCAAUUAUCGGACUGGCAUGGUUCUGGUCAAGCAGGAAACAUACAUUAUGGUACUUAGGCGCUCCUUUGUUCUGUCGAACAACAAUUUUCCCACCAUUGUGCAAUUCAAUAGGGAACAUUUGAGUCUGGCGUGCUAUGAAAUGUGCUUCUUGGAGAAGAUGUCGUUCCUGCAUAAAAUAUCAGAGGUGGAACUGGGAAAUAAUUAUAUAAAAUCUGCCCAACACUUCAUGACCUUCGGCGAUGACAACGGACUGUACGUGGUCAAUGACUUUGGGGUCUUCUCCCAAAUCGAUAUCGCCUGCUUUCUAAUAAAGCAGCGCUGGGCGCCCGCAUCAGCCGAGUUUGAGGAGUUGGAUCAACAUCCCCGAGCCCAUGGUCUGACUGCACACAAGAUGGGAUUUCUACUCUAUAAUAGCAGUACUGCCUAUUAUCUGAAACGGAGGACAGGACAAUUUGCCAUCGAGUGGAAAAUUGAUGAGCUCAUCUCUAAUAUCAAUAUGUUCGUGAGCAACUCGAAUGGAGAGCUCUAUGCCGAGAGAGAGUUGGGCAGCAUUUAUCAUGUGCACGUGACGGAGACGGAGGGGCGACUCGAGCAGGUGGUGAAGACCGGUGUUCCCAUCAAACUGUUUCGUCAGAUGCACGGCCUGAAGGAGGAAUGCAUUGUGCUGCUGCACGACGAUGGAGUCUCUAUAUUGGAUCUGAUGCGGAAUAUCAUUGCAAGCGAUAUUCAUAUACCCCGAACCAGCUAUAUGUACGCACAUCAUGUAAUGCCCUACGUGGUGGUGAGCACCUUUGACGCGCGCCUCAUUCUGUUGCAGUACGAACGAGCCAGUCAGGGCAGCAUUGUCUUUGAUCUUCAAUGCGAUACACCGGCCAUUCUUUCCCUGGCAUACUUCGACAGUUGUGUGGUCUUUAAGGACGAAUUGAAGAUCUUCCAUAUAGUGUCCGUGGAGUAUCGGCCUGCCAAAAUGUCACACUUAUAUUCGUUUCAGGACGAUCAAAUAGUGAAGCACGUAUUCGUACAUUCUUAUCGCCUGCUCGAGGGCAAUCGUCUCAUGGUGUUCAUCGCCCGGGACAAGCACAUCAAGAAGCCGGGCCAUGCCGAGGAGCUGUGGCUCUAUCAAUGGACUCGAGAUAAUCGUCUGCGCCGACGCGAAUAUAUUCUGCCCCACACCUAUGCCUUCACGUACUUGCCCUUGCCCACUGGACGUUGGGUGCAGAUCGAAUUUUUUGGCGCCAUUGCGGAGAGCACCGCCUUCGAUCACCUGAUACUGACCGAUCACAACGAAUUGCACCUGCUGGCCACCAUUAAAACGCCCCACUUCGGGUAUAUUACGGGCCUGGGCAUGACCAAGAAUUUGUUGAGUUGGGGCGUCGACGGCAUUAUUAUACAUUUUCGUACCCACAAACGCUCCCGGAAACCGUUCAUGAUAUCACGCUUCCUAAAAGUACUUUUCGCGCCAAUAAAUGUGCUAAGGGCCCGAGAGAUAUACAACUCCAAAUAUCUUGUGGUUCACCUACCCGGCCGGCACUUGCGUGUCAUGCGUUUACCAUCUCUGGCCGAUAAUGUGCGGGAAAAUAAGGAAUUGCCUUUACCGCAAGAGGGUGUGAAUAUUAUUGAACAAGCGAAUGAAGUUAUCUUAACUGUCAUUCCGCUCGCCACUAAGACGAUGGUCAAGGAAGUCGAGUUCACUCAGGCGGAUUUUAUGAAGCGCGAGCGUGUCUUCACCAUGAUUGCGGAAUUCGCAGCCAAGGUGACGGCUCUGAUAGACUAUGACAUGGAAGUGACUGGCAAGUCUCAGGGUAUUUUCAAAAAGUUCUGCUUCAACUACGAAUGGUUGGACGCAAUCACCGAUGAGGCCCACAAAUUGUGCGGCCUGGAGCGGGAAUCGCUGGAACUUGCGAUCAAGGAUCAGUCCCGUAUACGUGACUGGAUCAUGCGAUUGGUGACUGCGAUGGCCAGUAGCAUCAACUACAAGGUACGUUCCAUAUUUGCCGAUGCCAAUUUCGAAAGCUUUGCCUUGCUACGUAAGCCGAAUAUGGAGCUAUUGGACAAAUACCGAUUCUAUGACCUCGAGGAUCAUAUGCGCAUGUCUAUUAUGUCGGAUAUGGAACUAGAGGAAAUAGGCCCUCCACAACAUGGACCGCCACCUACCGAUUUCGAUGACGAAGGUGAAGAAGAGGAGGACGAACAAAAGAAGGGAUUCAAGGAAAUGAAACCAUUUGUGGUGGAAGGCGACAGCGUCUAUGAACACAUUAUGGCGCCAAUCUUUCGGCUCCAAGAUAAGAAUCUAGUCACAUCCAAUCAAAUCUACAAUGUUGCCUGCAAGUAUCGUCACUACUUGAAUCUGCCACUGAAGCAAGAGUUCAAUAAACUGUUUCACGAGGCACAACAAAUGAAACAGGAGACCAUUGACAGUGUCCUGAACACUAAUUCUGUCCUCUAUAAGAUUUAUGAUAACAUGAAUAUAAUGCUCCGUCUCUUACAAAUGGACAUGUUCGAUCCCCCCGCACUAUCAGUGCCCCAGCUGGCCAAAGACGAGGCCAUCAAAUGCAUUAUGGAGGUGGAUGAUUCGGAAAUCAAGGCCGUCAACCGACGUAGAAAGAAGACGAUUGAUCUGGGUGGGAAACGAGGCCGUCUACUGCUCUGGUCCAUAGAGUUUUGGGCCCGAGCUCUGAUCAUCAUGAUGGAUGGUGUCAUAGAGAAGCUGUGGGAGGAGGAAAUAAAGAAGGAUAUACCCUUGCCAGAGUUCAUGGUGAAGAAACAGCCGCAUGAAUACAAUCUGGAGGAUCAGAAGAUGUUUCGCGCCUACGAGGAGGCUGUCCGCCAAUUGGGCGAAGAUCGCCGCAAAUACCUAAAAAUUUUGCACGAAAACGAAGCCAAAACCCUGGAGCUGAAAACCCAGCAAAUCCUGAAGCUGAACAAGCGUGAGCGCUUACGAAGUCUGAAUCUGAAGCGCAUUAACUUCCAGCGCGUCGAACUGCGCAAGCGCAUAAAUCUGUUCUACAACGAUGUGGAAAAGUUAAACCAGUAUAUCACUAAGUACAACCAGCUGCUGGAGUUCUGGGAACGCGGGCUGGCGGACACUCGCAUUCGCAUGGACACCCAACAGACCAGAGAUCGUGCCGUGGAGCGACAAUUUCGCAACAAUUUUCUAAACACUGUUCCCCAUGCCACACACGAGAUGACCAAGCUCUUCAAGAAGCGCCCCAAACUGCCUGCCAAACUCUUCCCCUCGGCUCUCAUCUGUAUGGAGACGGCCCAUAAGUUGAGCGGCAAACACCAGCAGCGCAUGACAUUCCCAUUGCCAGCGGAAGUGCUCGAGUUUCUGGCUCUUAUCGAUGACAUCGAUCAGCCCAAGAAUUGUCCGCAACAAGUUGACACCAAAAAUUGGGAGGCAUUCAUCAAGCUGCGACGCCAAAAAGUCGAAAGCGAGCUGAAAUUGAAGGGUCUGGGAUAUCAGAUGGUAGACUGCCAGGGAUAUUUGAAUAACAUCACCAAGGACAUCGCCGGACUAAAGGAUGCAAAGCUUUUGACUCAAAAGCACUUGGAGGACGCAACACAGCAAUAUCUGGAGGUUAUGCGAAAUAGAACGCUGCAGUUGACGCUAUCGUUGGGUCAAGUAGAGGUCUCUGUCAUGAGAAGUCCCAAAGCACUCGCCAAUAGUGUUCUCAUGCAUGUGGACGAUAUCAAUGGUGUGAAUCGUAUGAUAAAGGAAGCUGGCGACAAGAAGAUCAAAGCCAUGCAACGAGUGGCCGUCUUUAGGCGUCAGGUCAUCUUCAAGGAAUGGGAGCACAAGCUCUAUAAGGCCAACAUCGCAUAUUUGAAGUACAUGCUUGAUGCCAUAGAGCAUUGCAAGGUCACCAUUGAAUUUCUCAACAUCCUACGCAACUGGAACAAAGUUAAGGCCGAGCGUCAGAAGUUUAUGGCAGCUGGUGCCAUAGAACGUGUGAUAGAACAGAAAAUAUCGGCCUUCAAGAAGCACAUCGAACGCGUUAAUGCCAAGAUCGAUAUUUGCAAAGCGAAUACGCUGGACAUGAAACGAGAUAGCCAUGCGAUCGAUUCCAAAAUCGAACGAUUUCAGGUGGAGGUGUGCUUUAAGGGUUCGCUGCGUGAUACCAUGAUGGAGGAGCGACGCGAUCGCGAACGAGAUGAACGCAUGGCGCAAAUCAUAAGACAUCGUCAGGCUCUGGACAAGGUGCGGCGCCAUUAUGUGCAGGUCCUGGAAUUACAAACCAUAUUGGAGCUUUUACGCCUGCGCACCUAUCCUACGUUGGGUCCACCAUUGCCCCAAUGCCAUCCUCCUGUGCCGGAACAUAUACUUAGCUCGGUGCCAAAUAAUCCAUAA